AUGUCAUUUAUGGAGUAUGAAGGCCAGCGUCCUUGCCUAUCGCACAACAUUUCAUACCAGACCUAUAUCUACGACGACCGCCAUGCUCCUUUAACACUUAGUCACAACACACGAGAGAAUCCUCGCAGCUACCCUGUUGGCGGCAUGCACACACGAGCCAUGCUGGGUGGAGAGGACCAUAUGGUAGAAGCUGGCCCUGUAAGACGUCGUAUUGCAGUAGCGGUGGGGUCUGAUGUCGUGCAUAAAGUCAUGGAUAAUAUCAACAUGGCCCACAAUUUGAGCAGCCUGGCAGGUGCACAACAAAUGAUGCCUGUGUAUCAGUCAGGAGGCGACAACUCCCUGUAUCAGCGCGCGAUACCCAUUCAAUACUCUCAAUACCCAGCACUCGACACUAAAUCAACAUAUGCCCCAGCUUGGACUGUUCCGUUUCCUGAAGACGCCUCGCCUGUGGAGGCUUUUAACCUGGAACAGCCACCAGGAUACAUACCAAACACGGCACCGAUGGCAAACGCAAACAUAUACGGGUCCUCAUAUAGAGGAAGCGAUUCAGGGGCGAGAUAUCUGGGGGGUUCAUGCUUCGACCAAGAAUCAUUCAAUAGUCUGCCCUAUGCCACUUCAAACGGCCGGAUAACUCCACCAGACAUUUCUCCCCUAGAUGCUGGCAUGUCAUCUCUCCAGCUGUCUCUGCCCGAGAGACCUCGUCCCCGCCAAACACACCCAUCAGAGCCCAGCGUGCCUCGGAGGCAUCUGCCAAUGCCACAACCUAAUCCAGCUCAAUCCAAUCGUAACGCUGUAGAUAAAUCACAAGACGAGCGUCUCCGAUCUGCUCGGGUAAGCGGCUCUUCUGCCAUCGAUAAUAGGGGAUCUUUUGCAAGGCCGCCGAUGCCUUGGGUAGUUGAGGGAGGCAACCAAGCAAAUGUACCAGGGGCGUCUCCAACAAACGAUGCGAAACAAGUCAUUGCUCAACCCAGACUGCAUGAUAGCACAGAAAACCCAAUCAGCUACUUUCCUACGACGGGGGACAUAACCACAACAAGCACGAGCUCUCAGCUUGAGUUGGCCUUUAGCACCUCGGGUCUUCUCGAUGGAACGAGCGCAUCUGCACAAGCCACCGCGUACUCUUGUGUCCGUGGAAGUCACCAGAUUGCACCAGGAGAUACUCAAUCAAACAUUCACAGCUUUGAAAGCAGACACUCAGCGAAGCGGAACUCCACGGCUGGUGACUUGCCGAGCAAUCACCCGUUAGGCACUAGUCAUCGCUAUACUCCGUUGAAUCACUCUCCACCUCAGAACUCAUCCAGCAGCCGCAAACCCCAUCGUGAUGUAUGUCAUGGCCGAAGCACGCGGUUGCAACGCACCUCUGUAGGCAGCCUGAACACCACCUAUUAA